AUGAGUCUAUCAAUUGCCCGACCUUUAGUGUCGGUUUACUCUGAGAAGAGCGAGGUGGUGGCUGGCUCCUCUAUUGCUCUUCCGUUCGUGUUUAAGGCGCCAAUCCGCCCCGACCUCGUCAACGAUGUCCACGUCUCUAUGUCCAAGAACUCCAGACAGCCUUACUGUGUUAGCAAGGAGGCUGGUCAUCAAACGAGUGCCGAAUCAUGGGGUACCGGACGUGCUGUAGCUCGUAUUCCACGUGUCCGUGGUGGUGGUACCCAUAGGUCCGGCCAGGGUGCCUUCGGCAACAUGUGCCGCGGCGGGCGAAUGUUCGCCCCCACUAAGCCGUGGCGCCGUUGGCAUCGUCGCGUGAACCUGCGCCAGCGCAGGGCCGCCGCAGCCGCCGCUGUGGCUGCCGCCGGAGUGCCAGCCCUCGUGCAGGCCAGGGGUCACAUCAUUGAGAAGAUUCCAGAACUGCCGCUGGUGGUUUCCGAUAAGGUGCAAGAGAUCACCAAGACCAAGCAAGCCGUGAUCUUCCUUAGGCGCAUCAAGGCCUGGUCUGAUGUGCUGAAGGUAUACAAAUCGCAGCGUCUGCGCGCUGGCAAAGGCAAAAUGCGAAACCGUCGCCGCGUUCAACGCAAGGGACCCCUCAUUAUCUACUACAAGGAUCAGGGUCUUACCCGCGCUUUCCGCAACAUCCCCGGCGUGGACCUCCUCAAAGUGGACAAGCUCAACCUUCUGAAACUUGCCCCCGGCGGCCAUGUUGGCAGGUUCAUCAUAUGGACCCAGUCCGCUUUUGAGAGGCUCGAUGCCCUCUUUGGCUCCUGGAAGACACCCUCAAAGGAGAAGAAGAACUUCAACCUUCCCCAACCGAAGAUGGCAAACACUGACCUGACCCGUCUUCUCAAGUCUGAGGAGAUCAGGAAGGUACUGCGGGCGCCCAACAAGCGCGUGAUCCGUUCGACUCGCAAGCUGAACCCGCUGACCAACUCGAAGGCCAUGCUGAGAUUGAACCCAUUCUCUGCCGUCUUGAGAAGGAAGGCUGUGCUCGACCAGCAGAGGAAGAACAACCAGAGAGCGUUGGCGCUGGCCGAAAAGAGAGGCAUCAAGCUGUCUCCGAAAGACCCGGCCGUGAGGGCCGAGAAGAUCCGCGAGAGGAGACAAAAGCUGCUGAAACUCGCCGCCGCCAAGAAGACGAAGAAGCCGGCGGCCAAGAAGACGGCACCGCCACCGCCCAAGAAGAAGGCAGCGAAAGAAGCAAAGGCAAAGACACCCGCGCCCAAGAAG